AGUCCCCUUUCUCCCCAAGUAAUCUAAAUUCCCGCCCAUUAUCUCUAAGUCUAGCCAUGUCCACACCCACCAAUCUUAUUGAUUUUUUGGUCAACCAAGCCAAUGGUGUAAAGGGUCUUGCUGAUCUCAACCUCCCAAAGGUUCCUCACCAGUACAUCCAACCUCUUGAGGGAAGAUUACACAGCACCAAAAUUGUCCCUAAUGAAUCAAUACCCAUCAUUGAUUUCACAAACUGGGAUGACCCAGAUGUCCAGGACUCAAUUUUUGAUGCUGCAUCCAAGUGGGGUUUCUUCCAAAUCGUGAAUCAUGGGAUACCCAUUAAGGUCUUUGAUGAUCUAAAAGCUGCUGCGCACAGGUUUUUUGAAUUGCCAGCUGAGGAGAAGAAGAAUCUAAAAGAGAACUCGCCCCCUGAUGUUGUGAGAUUGACUUCCAGUUUUAGCCCUCAUGCUGAGUCAGUGUUGGAGUGGAAGGAUUAUCUGCAACUUGUGUAUGCUUCUGAGGAGAAAAUUCGUGCAUAUUGGCCUUCUAUAUGCAAGGAUGAAGCACUAGAAUAUAUGAAACAUUCUGAAGCCUUGAUUAGAAAACUGUUAAAGGUGCUUCUGAAGAAAUUGAAUGUGGAGGAUUUAGACAAAGCAAGAGAACACACUUUAAUGAGUGCAAAUACAUUGAGUUUUAACUACUACCCUGCUUGCCCUGAGCCUGAAUUUGUAGCAGGGGUAGGUCCUCAUUCUGAUAUAUCAUCAAUUACUGUCCUUCUGCAAGAUGAUAUUGGUGGGCUUUAUGUAAGAGACAGUGAUGGUGAUAAUUGGAUCUAUGUUCCUCCUGUUGAGGGAGCGCUGGUAAUCAACAUUGGAGAUGUGUUACAGAUAAUGAGCAAUGGAAGAUACAAAAGCAUAGAGCAUCGAGUGGUUGCCAACAGAAGCAAUGCCAGGAUCUCUAUUCCAAUUUUUGUCAGCGCAGCUUCUGAUGCUACUAUUGGCCCUUUGCCAGAAGUGCUGGAGAAUGGAGAUGAACCUAAAUACAAACAAGUUGCAUUCUCUGACUACUUCAACUAUUUCUUUAGCAAGGGUCAUGAUGGGAAGAAAACUAUUGAAUUUGCCAUGAUAUGAUUUGUGCUUAUGGUAUGCAUGGGUGGCAUGCUACGUUGAAGCAGAAUAUGCAUGUACUUGUACUUGGUUGAACUGAAAGAUAAUCAUAAUUAUGUAAUCAAGUUAAUAUAAUCAUAAGCCAUGGCUCAUUUUCAAUAUAAUGAAAAUGAUAAGCCAUGGCUCCUUUUCAUGAUAAUUAAAAUUAUGUAAUAAAGUUACUUAUUAAUGAAUCCUUUUGUGUCGUGUUU